UAAUAUGCGCCAUACCCCUGUCGCUAUCACUACAAACAGUCUAAGCACGUGUGUUUUCCUCGCGUAUCUCAUUGACGAAUGAUAAAAUAUAAACGUGGAAUCAUUUAAAUUAUCGUAUAUAUAAGAUGAGACGACUUUCUGAGGAACGAACAAAAUUAGUAUUUGAAAAAUUAGCGAAAUAUAUCGGAGACAAUGUAAAAGUAUUGGUUGAUCGACCUGAUGGAACUUUCUGCUUUCGUGAGAAAAAGGACAGAGUAUAUUAUGUGUCGGAAAAAAUACUUGCUCUUGCAAGCACAGUCGCGCCGGAUCAUCUCAUGAGCUUUGGUACUUGCUUUGGCAAAUUCACGAAAUCGGGGAAAUUUAGACUUCAUAUAACUGCGCUUCAUUAUUUGGCGCCUUAUGCUCAGUUCAAAGUUUGGCUCAAACCAUCGGCCGAACAACAGUUUCUGUAUGGCCACCAUGUCAGUAAAGCUGGACUGGGAAGAAUAACAGAAAGUACCCCCCAGUACCAAGGUGUAGUUGUUUUUUCCAUGAACGAUAUUCCAUUGGGUUUUGGAGUAGCUGCUAAAAGUACAGCCGACUGUAAGCAUGCAGAUCCAAUGUCAACGGUAUGUUUUCAUCAGGCUGAUAUAGGCGAAUAUAUCAGAUCCGAGGACACAUUACUUUAGAAGUAGUAAAUAAAAUAGAAUCACCACGUUGUUUAAGUUGUUUUGAACAUUUCAAGAAGAGCGCAACUAAAGAUGUUCAUUUGUAAGUAAAUAUAAAAUAAUAUUUUACAAUAAAAAUUAAUAACGUUGAUUAAAAA